UAACAACCUACAGCUACUGAACAUGGUACUCCUAGCUUUAAUUUUAUGACAGUUACUCAAGAAAUAUGGCUUCAGAAAAAUGUAUAUUUCGUGGCCCACCACUUCCGAAUGAAGUACCUGCAAAGAGCUUGGGGCGUUUAUUCUACAAUGUGCUUGAGAGAAGUCCAAACAAUGUAUUUCUGGUCGAUGUUACUGCUAGGAGGGAAUUAACUGGCAAAUGUUUGCUGGCUGCUUCUGUGAAUUUGGCAUCUACAUUGAAAACAUUUGGAUUGGGAAAGGGUGAUAUGGUAGGGAUAGUUUCACCAUCUACGUGGAAAUAUGCAGUUUGUAUCUUUGCGAAUGCAUUCUUAGGAGUAACAAUUGCAGGCACAAAUCCAAAUUAUCUUAAAGUAUUUUUUCCAGAUGAUCUUACCCAUUUUCUUGUGAAAACACACCCGCGGGUGAUUUUCGUAACAACCUGCGUGUACGAGAGAGUGAGGGAGGAUCUGCAUCAACACCACCCUUAUGUAGAAAAAGUGAUAAUUUUAGACUCAAGCGUGAGCGAACGGAAUGUACUAAGCUUCAACACCGUUAUACAGGGACAUGAACAGACAGAAUCCAUUGAAAUAGCUGAGGCUAAUGAUGAUGAUCCUGUUUCCGUUUUGUUCUCCUCUGGAACUACUGGACUUCCUAAAGCAGUUCCUUUUAGUCAGAAGGCUCUUAAGACUAUAAUCACUAUAGCCAAUUUCAGCAGCCCUAAUUACAUCGCAAUAACAGAAAGUACAACAACACUGGUAAUACCACCUUUUUUCCAUAUAUUCGGUCUGCUCUUCCUAGUAAGCUGCAUAAUUGGAAAAGGAAAAGUGAUCAUUAUGGAAAAAUUCAAACCAGAUUUGUUCCUGCAGAGUAUUGAAAAGUACAAAGUAACCCUACUACCUUUGGUCCCCUCCCUCAUGGUAUUCAUGGUCAAGAGUCCUCUAGUAGACGAGUACGUUAUUUCAUCUGUGAAGGAUGCAUUUUGUGGAGGAGCACCUAUAGGCGUAGACCUGGAGAAACAAUUUUCCAACAAAGUGAACAACGUGCAGCCCCGCCAAGCAUACGGACUGACAGAAGCUGGCAUAGUGAGCCUGAUAUAUCCAGGAUCGUAUAAGCCGCCAGGAUCGUAUAAGCCGGGCAGCGUAGGAAAGUUAACACCCACCGUCGAGUUGAAAAUAAUCGACUCUGAUUCCAAAAAGGUCCUGAAACUGAACCAACCUGGAGAAAUAUGCGUCAAAGGACCGACCAUAAUGAAGAGCUACUUGAACGAUGAAGAGGUUUCUGAGAAAGAUAUUGAUUCGGAUGGGUUCCUGUAUACAGGAGAUCUGGGUUUCAUUAGUGAAGAUGGAUAUUUGUUUAUCGUUGAUAGGAUUAAGGAGGUGAUCAAAUAUAAAGGGUUCCAGGUUCCACCUGCGCAGUUAGAAGACCGACUACUGAAGCACCCUGGAGUAAAGGAAGCUGCAGUUGUGGGAAAACCAGACGCGAAAGCAGGUGAAUUACCCACAGCGUUCGUUGUCAAGCAAGAAAAUGCAACGGUAACAGCACAAGAGCUGAUAGAUUUGAUAGCAGAACAUUUCCACGAGGAUAAACGGUUACAUGGUGGCGUUAUUUUCAUCGACGAAAUUCCAAAGACGGCUACGGGGAAACUUGCUAGAAAGGCGCUGAGAGACCUAGUUAGACAAUAUUGAGAAAUAAUUGACUUCGAAAAACUAACACUAUUUAUUAAGCAUUUCAAUUAUAAUUUGAUAAACGACAAACCUCACAUAUGAAUAUAUAUUUGAAUGUGUUAUGUCUGUAAUAAAUCAUUUAAAAUAAAAUUAACAUCAAAGUGUCA